GGCACGGUGGCGGCGCGACCAAUCGGUGGCGGCGCCUCAUGACUAUGCGAUAAAAGCUUGGCCGGCCAUCGCAAAGGCGCUGGGGUGACAGCGCCGAGCGCGCGACGGCUGAAAGGUGGGCGUCGGCCGGUUUGGUUGGCGGUUGGCUGACUCGAGAUGGCGGCAGCGGCCUUGUAUUUGGAGCACUAUCUGGACAGCAUUGAAAACCUGCCCUGUGAAUUACAGAGAAACUUCCAACUUAUGCGUGAACUGGAUCAGAGAACAGAAGACAAGAAAGCAGAAAUUGAUAGUCUUGCUGCACAAUAUAUUUCAACGGUGCGGGAUCUGUCAUCAGAGCAACGAGUGGAAAUCUUGCAGAAGAUCCAAAAUGCUUAUACAAAAUGCAAAGAGUAUAGUGAUGACAAAGUGCAGUUGGCCAUGCAGACCUACGAGAUGGUGGACAAGCACAUUCGACGGCUAGAUGCUGACCUUGCCCGAUUUGAAGCUGAUCUGAAGGAUAAAUUGGAAGGCAGUGAUUUUGAAAGCCCUGUGACACAAAACUUAAAAAAGGGGAGAAUUCCAAAGGAUAAGAAAACCUCCCGUGGUCGAGGCCGGCGGACAUCAGAGGAAGAAGUUCCAGUGAAAAAGAAACCAAAAAGAAGGUCUGAAUUAGCGGAUACCAUCCUGUCGGUUCACCCUUCUGAUGUCUUGGACAUGCCAGUGGAUCCCAAUGAACCCACAUACUGCUUGUGCCAUCAAGUAUCUUAUGGAGAAAUGAUUGGGUGUGACAACCCCGAUUGUCCAAUUGAAUGGUUUCACUUUGCUUGUGUGGAUCUCACAACCAAACCCAAAGGAAAAUGGUACUGUCCUCGCUGUGCGCAGGAGAAGAAGAAGAAGUAAAAAUGAUGUAUCGUAUGAAAAAAAGUUUAAUAUAUUCAUAUGUUGCAGUAUUUUGUUUUCAUCACCCAUCUUGUUUGGCCUGAAACAAUGUGGUAGCAAGAUGUUCUUUAUUAGCCAUACGAAUGACAAAAGUGGCGUAUACAGAAAGUUCAUUAGUGAUGAUUAGUUGGGUUACAAAGUACACUUCUUCGUCACUGUAAUCCAAGAUAUGAAGUACUUAAGAGUAGGUCUGCACUGGAAUUUCUGCUAAUAUAUUAUAUAUAUAACCUGUGAAAACUGCCUGUGGCCUUUCAUGUGAAGAAAAUGGCAUCUUUUGUCACGAAAUGUAGUCACUUUGGGAAACUUUCACCAGUACCAUUUCAGUGGCAGAAUGACAUGUUUCUCUUGUAUUUCCCAAUGCAUCCUCUAAAAUUAUUUUAGAGGUUUGGAAUGAGCAUUGGGAAACAGGUUCAGAAUGAAGUAUGAGUCCUGUAUAUGAGAAGGAUAGGCUUGCAUAAUUUUUGAUGCAGGCCUUUGCACAAUAAUUUUAUGAAGUCUUUUAAAUCCAGUAUCAAAACCUUUAUCGUUGUUGAUAAGAUGUGGAAUCACAUAGUUCAUUUUUGCAGGUAGAUUUUCCAUUUGUAUAACAUUGGAUUCUGUCACAGAGUGGGUUGAGAUUUUCAAUGUGCAAUUUUGCCACUUUGGAAUAAGUUUGCAAAGUUAUAUUUCACACAAAGAAAUUGUUUUUGAUUAGGAGAGUUCACAAUGCUUAUUUCAAAAUGCUUGUUGUUUCUGUGUACUGUCCCCUCUGAGCUUCAUUCUGGUUUCACUGAAACUGGAUGCAUUGCUGUCAUUCUUACUGAUAAGCAAUACCUGUGAUAUCAGUAUGGUAUAAAUCCCUCAUAAAAUAAGAUUUAAUAUUUUAAAAUAGGUUUGGGUUAACAAACAAAGGAACAGGAAGACUAGUUUUCAGGGAAUAAUGUUUUAUAAAAUGAGAAGUUCCCAUAACUGCACAAAAGUGUUAAAUAGAAUGUUAUGCAGUACGUUCAUGUUCUGACUUCACUGAGAUACUUUCUACUACCCACUGUAAAUAUUAACGUUCUUUUCUGAGUUUCUCAGGUAAGAGAGAGGCAUUCCUCCCACCACACACACACACACACACACACACACAUAUACAAAACGAUUUUUGUUGUCCACCUGUCAUUCUCUCAUAGAUAGGUCAAGUUUGCAUGCUUUUGUAUAUUUCAUAAACCUGAAAAUUCUGUUCAGCUAGACAAAAACACUCUUGUUCGCCAAGGAUUCUGCCAUAUUACCUUCAGCUUUUAGAUAGUAUAUUUUAAUUUUUUUUUAAGUAAAAAGUGAAGUCGGUUUAAAUGGAGGAAUAUCCUUUUGAAAAUAUCCAGUUGCCUAAUUUGCUAGAAUUGGUUUUAGCUUGUAAUGUAAAAAUGAUUGCCAAAAAUGUUAGCAAUCAAUACCUUUCUUAAAACACCGUUAUAUCUGCAGUAUCCAAAUGAAUCCCAUUUCAGCCUGGAAAAGUUGAUCUCUAGAAUGUUGCAAAACUCUCAAAAUUGUUAGUUUACAUUUAGAAAAAAAAACCUCUUAUAAGAGUUUGGUUUUUAUUAUGGAAGAAUGCAAAUUCUUAUAGUUUUGUACACACAAUUUUGUAGUUAGUAAUGCAGUUCAGUUACAGUAUUUGUACCAUUUUAUGUAUUCUGUAACUGUACUUGCUUUCUAAAAAUGAAAACUGCAUUAUUUUCCUAAGAAGGAGAGGAAAAAAUAACAUUAUAGUAUUUAUGCCGUAGGGUCCUUAUAUGCUUCUGGAAUGUCAUAUUGCUAUACAGUGGUACUUCAGUACUCGUUUCUGGGAGGUGCAAUGAGUACAAAAAAAAAAAAAAAUCCCCAUAAGGAAUAAUGUCAAUAAAUUCAAUACAUUCCCAAACCAAAAACUGCACAUUUUAAGGCAAUAUGUAAAAAGCUAGGAUUGUAUAUCAUUACUUUCCAUGAAAACAAACCUAAAAAUUAGUAAAUACUUAGAUUAAAUAAAAUAAAAGCUUCACUGUAACUUUACUGAUGAGG